AUGGCUGACGACCCUAGUAUAGUUGUCACGAUCCGCACAGUUUUUGAGUAUGGCCCUAUUGCUGUAGACAGUCUCAUCAAUACCUACAAGCAAGAGAGUUAUGCGAACCAUGUUGAGUGCAAAUUCAAUCCUAUAAAUCACACGUUCGUUCUAGAAGGGGAUAGAAGACAUGCUGAAGUCGCAUUUACGAAUUUCAUGGAGUUGAUCCGCAAAGCGAUCGAUACAGAGACGUCGAAACGCCGUACACCAAAGGAAUAUGCGCCCAUCCAUCGUUCUAGGCUCACAAAGCUUAAUUCACCAGCUAUUGAGUGGUCAGAAAGGGAAGAUGAACCCAGAGAUUCUUAUAAGAAGCAAAAUGACAUCGUUUCUUCGAGAGAUCCAAGAUAUAUCCUACAAAAUCCCUCUACGUUGGCGGAUACGACUGGCAACUAUCCAUGCAUCGAAUAUUGGGAACCAAGAAUUACAGCGGCGGAUUUUAGUUUGAUGUUACAUCUCCAUGAUGGACGUAGUCUCACGAACGAGAUUGCGAAGGUGUGCUAUUGCGCUGUUUUCCCAGACUGGGAAAAGAGGAAUGUCAAGAUCGGCGCCAACAGUCGCCCGACAAUCGAGAAAGUCCUCAAGAAACUUAGAAAAAUUGAAGAACUCUUUAAACGCGGAUUUGAACCAAUCUCGGUAGUUUUGGUUCAUCCCGAGGAAAAGAAAAAGUUUGAAUUCAAGCUAGUCCCAUUAUCAAAGCAGAGUGAGCUGCAAAGGACGACACUGUUUUACGACAAGUCUAAAUGGCAAACAUAUGGCGCUGAUAAGAUGUUCCUUAUUCGACUUCUGGAAUACAAUCCUGACUUGGAUCGGUUUUUCCCAUGUGAUGUUGCAAUAGCACCCAUUUGGGCAGCAUUCACACGAUCUGCAUCUGCACCACGUGAUUGGGCGGAGUAUAUAUUUGAUGUCUGGGGUAGUCAGGAUAUGAACCCGACCAAUGUGUCUAAGAGGCUAGUCUCUAAGAAAGUACCGGAAAGCCCUGAUAUCUCAGGUCUCAACCCCGAAGAUCUUGUAGGCCAAUACAAUAGUCCUGGAGGUGCAGCAGUACAGACUAUUAUCAAAGACGUGCCUACCCCUAAACCUGCACGUCAAACACAGCCUAGGGUCGAUGGUGGAUUUGAACUUGGUGAUCGACCAGAAAGUGUAGACUUGGCCGAGAGGGCGUCGAAACGCUCCAUGACCGGUGCCGUACGCGUUCCUAGAGUGAGAGCCGGUAAAGAAGCGCUCCUCGAAGAACAUGAAGAAAGCCCGAAAGAAGAGGGAACAAAAGCUAGUGUUAUAUCUAGCGAAUAUUUUAAAGAACUUCCUGCUUUCGAUCGUAAUGUCAAAACUGAGGACGAAGGCGAGGGCGACACCUCGCUGAAAACUCAUAACGUUAUAUCUCAGGUUUUCAGUCUUCCCGAGAGACACCUUGGAACUGGUAUUGGGAGGGCUGUUAAUAUACAUGGUUCCUUUGUAGAAAAGGAACAAACAGGUGCUGUUACUACUAGGACAGUCAGACAACCAAGAGUGAGGAAGCCAAAAACAAACACCGAAUCUUCUGAUAAGGAAGCUUUGAACAUAUUCGCAGUUGGCGGGGCCACGUUACUUUCGAAGCUUCGACGUAUCAUUUUAGCCGAUGUUCCUAAGGCACUUUCUAGGGGUAGCAUUGACUGGACUGAGUGGUCGCAAUCGUUAACGAAAGCCCCGGAGAUAAAAACGAUAUUUACUGAUUUAAUGACCACCGAGUUCUUCGACAUGGAGUUUAUCUCCGACUUAAAAAUGAGCAAGGCCGAAAUGCUCUUUUCUCCGGACCAUAUCAAAAAAACGGUUACCUACGAUAUUAUGGAGGUUAAUGCCAGAACUUUUGAGGCGACCAUCUACGGCGACCAACAAGCAUUUGGCAGUGUUUACUGGGCCCAUCCUCUUAGGUCAUGGGAUGCCAGAUUUGCUCUCGUUGGGAGAAAGAUCAUUGAUAAUGAAACGCCCGUCUUCAAGGAUCUUUUCGAAAGUCUCUGGAUUCCAGGUGAUUCUGAUAUUCCAAACGUCAGUUUUCUUGUGAGGGGGAAAGACUUUUCUGUCGACAGAGUUAUCGUCAAGCGGGAAACUCGGCGCCCAUGCAUUAGUAAAAAAGUCACAGAAGGACAAGAUAUCGACCUUGUUUGCAAAGAAGUAAUGGAGAUGAUCAUCAGGCGUAGCAAGCGAGUACCCGAGCAAUAUAAGGCCGUAGCUCAUGACAGGUUGCACAUGGUGUUUUCUGGCAUGCUUCAUUAUUCAUUCGCUCUGAUUCCAACCAGGAUUGAAAGGGCCCUGCAACAGAACACAAACCUCGAGAUUGGUGAAGAGGUUUUGUGGACGACAGACAGUCUUAUCGGCAAAUACAAUGAGGGUGAGAGUAAUAUUUGUAGGGGCCUAGAGUCGCUUGUCUUCACAAUGCUAAGAAAGACUGAUGAUAUCGGGUUUAACAAUAACAAUGGGCCGGAUGAGAUGGAAUUCGCGUAA